AUGACAACUGCAGCAUCCUGCUCCCACAGCAGGGGUGCUGGUGCCACUCUGGUUUCAGCGGGAGCCCACUGCCAGAGGGGCAAAGGGUGGGGGCUCGAAGGUCCCUGGGGACCCAGUACAAACCAGCACUCAUUUUCCUUGGGGUGCUGGGAGAAUGCCAGGAGCCAUGGGCACCCCUGGGACCCAUGGGCAUGCUGGGAUCUAUCUAGGACAAUAAUACACUGCUCCCCACACCUAACGCUCCAGCUUCCUCCAGCCUGUUGUCCCCUUCCCCAAGCCUGGGCUCUGCUUCUCUCCCAAGAUGCUGGGGUGCUGAGCCAGGGUGCUGAGCAUUAGGCCAGCCCUGCCCUCUAGUGUUGCAGGAGCCGAUCUCAGCAGGGCUCAGCCCCAGGCUGCUGGGACCUGAGCCACUGCAAGCUCCUUACACAGCCUGCAGAGCCAUGCAGGGUCUGGCAGGCUUCCCACGGCCCCACAGCAUCACCUCCCACCCAGCCACUGCUGCUGGGGGGACACGGUCCCGGACCCUGCAUGGCACCACGGGGACGCCCAGCACCACAAGCCCAUCUUGGGGUGCGUAGGCAGCGUCACCCUAGCACAGGUGUCCAUGCUCCCCAGCUUUGAGGAUGCGCAGACGCACUGGCACGGGUGCUAACCGCCUCCCCGGGCACCCUGGGUCAAUAACCGGGCGGCCGAGGCACUUGGUGGGGCCAGGACAGCAUGGGGGCACGCCAAUGGACGCCCGCAGUGACAGGAGAGGGAGGGGAGUGCCGAAGGCUGCUGGUUAAAAUGGAACGAGGCGCGGCAGCCUCCCUGCGGUCCCUGCCCUGGGGACUCUGACCCCGUGGGCCGGCGAGGGGAGCCGAGGCAGGCAGUGCUGAGCAGCCCCACAGCCACCAGGACGGAGCUGAGGAGGAGCGGAGCAGGAUGGACCCCACCAUGGAGCUGGCAGAGGACCCCAGGUUCCCCCGACCGUUGGUGGAGAUGCUGAUCACAAACUUCAGCGUGCCGGCAGCCUGCUUCUCCCUGCCGCCCACCUCCCGGCAGCUGCUGCAGCACCUGGACACAGUCCAACUCACCAUCAUGGGCCUCGCCACCAUCAUGACUCUGCUGUCAGUUGCCAUCUAUGUGGAAGAGGCUUUCUACCUGACCCGCAAGAUCCGCUGCCCCAUCAAGAUGAAGACCCUCCGCUGGAGCAGCUUGGCCCCGACGGUUGUGUGUGUGGUCAGCUGCUUCGGACUGUGGAUCCCACGCUCCAUGAUGGUGGUGGAGAUGGCUACCACAGCGUACUUUGCCAUCUGCUUCUACCUCCUGAUGCUGGUCAUGGUGGAGGGCUUUGGGGGGAAGGAGGCAGUGCUCAGCACCCUGAAGGACGUGCCCAUGGUGGUCAGCACUGGGCCCUGCUGCUGCUGCUGCCCCUGUCUGCCCCGAAUGACCAUGAGCAGGAGAAAGCUUCAACUGCUGAUGCUGGGGACUUUCCAGUACGCCUUCUGCAGGGUGGUUGCCGUCUUCCUGGGGCUGGUCCUGGCAACCGACGGGAACUACAACCCUGCUGAUAUCUCAGCGGAGAGCGUGGCACUCUGGAUCAACACCGUGGUCGGUGCCUCCACCCUCUUUGGGCUGUGGGCACUGGGCAUCCUCUUCCGGCAGGCCCGGCUGCACCUGACCGAGCAGAACAUCAAGGCCAAGUUCUCCUGCUUCCAGGUCCUCCUCCUCCUGACGGCACUGCAGCCUGCCAUCUUCAGCAUCCUGGCCAACAACGGCAGCAUUGCCUGCUCGCCGCCCUUCUCCUCCAAGGCCAGGUCACAGCAGAUGAACAUGCAGCUGUUGAUCCCACAAACCUUCAUCUUGGCGGUGGUGACACGGAUAUACUACCGCAAGCAGGAUGACAAGCCGGGCUACCAGCCCGUCAGCUUCACACCUGCAGACACCGAUGUCAAGGCGUGAGCAGGAGGGAGCAAAGGGGGUGCUGAGGGGCAGAGUGAGGCAAGGGGCUGCUCUGCCCCAUACAACCAUCUCCUCCUCCAGCCCUGGGGAGCUGCUGGCAACAGAGGCGGCAGAGGGGGAAAGGGCACUUCAGCAUGGGGUGAAAGGGUCUGAAACCCAAAGGCCACAAUCCAAAGAGAUCCGUGAAGCCACCUCCAGCCCAUGGGGCUCUUGUCUAGCACUGAAUAAAGAUAAAUUUGUACCUGA